AUCGGAAAGUGUUUGCUUUCCCUUGGUGCAUGACUUGACAAGAGUUGCAAGGCUUUGCCAAAACCCUGCUCAACGUAGUGCUUAACUGGGAUUGUUACUCGCUGGCACUGUCGCCGUCUUUCUACUGACACUUGAGCGGUUUGACAUUGUGCCAAGGUCUUGGCAUAUCUCCCAUAAAAAAUGUCUGACUGCGACGUGGCUGAUGACAAUAUCAACGUGACAUCCCCUCUCAGUGAUGCCUCCUCUGCGGUUGUCUCUAGCAACAACACAUAUGUGGACCAGGACCGGGCACAGUCACUGCUGCGUGGAUUCUCCGUGCUUUACGAGAACAAGCAGUUCACAGAUAUGACCUUGGUCGUGGAGGAGAGAGAAUUCCCCUGCCAUAAAAACGUGUUAGCUGUGUCCUCUCCGUACUUCAUGGCCAUGUUCACCAAUGAUUUGUCAGAGAACAGGGAGAGCAAGGUGCACCUGAAGGACAUGACAUCACAAACUGUGUCCCUGGUGCUAGACUAUAUCUACACAGGCGAGGUUGUUCUUUCGGAAGACUCUGUGCAGAAUCUCCUGUCUGCAGCCAACUUGUUUCAGCUGAUCUCUCUGAGAGGAGGCUGCGCUGACUUCAUGAUUCGCCAUGUUAAUGUGUCAAACUGUAUCGGUAUGUACUUCUUUGCCAAGGCACACGAGUGCGACGACUUGGCCAAAAAAGGGAAGGAGAUCAUAAACAACCAGUUCACCACUUUAUGCAAGGAGCAAGAAUUUAUGUCUCUCCCAGCAGACAAACUUACGGAGAUAGUCAGCGGCAGCCAGAUAAGCGUAGCACAGGAGGAAGUGGUCUACGAGGCCUGUCUUGCAUGGGUUCUCCAUGACUUGGAGACCCGAAAGGGAGAUCUGGAAGCAGUGAUGAAAUGUGUGAGAUUUGCCAAUAUCAGUUCGUACUACUUCUGUGACUGUAUAGACAACAAUGGCCUAUUUACCGACAGCCCGUCUCUGAUGAAAACCCUCAGUGAUGUCAGGUACUACCACAUGUUAAAGAACAGACACCAUGAGAUGGACCUCAACUUCAUGCCCAGAAGUGGAAUGCCAUACAAGCGUGCCAUUGUAAUAAUGGCCAACCCCUACAGUGACGACCCCCUGACCAAGUACAACAGCAUAGAGGCUUUACUGCCCACAGAAUGUGGUGAUGCUACAUUACUGGGUAAACUGCCACACAGUCUCUUCAUGCCAGGUUGUGCAGUGACAGGUGAUAACCAGAUCUACCUGGCUGGUGGAGCUCUGAGGAAGAUCAACUACCGAGGUUCUGUCUGCACUGAGGGAGUCUGUGACAGUGUCUUCAUGUUUGAUUACGCCACCAAGACCUGGGUAAGCAAGGUUGCCAUGGAGAUGAAGAGAUAUCAGUUUGCCCUCACGGUGCUAGACAGGUUUGUGUAUGCUAUAGGAGGCCAAGACUAUAGCAGCUUGUUGUCCAGUGUGGAGAGAUAUGACCAGCAUGCUAACAAGUGGGAGGUGGUCACUCCAUUGCCUGUCCCCACCAGGUGUAUGGCAGCCACCAGUUAUAAGGGAAAGCUGUAUGUGUUUGGUGGGGAGGAAGCAAAUGGGAUAUCUAAGGCAGCUUUUAGGUAUGAUCCAGUGACAGAGCAGUGGAUACAGCUGCCCAGUAUGCAUGUAUCCCGGGCUCUUGCUGGCUGUGUGGUCUAUAAAGAGAAGAUCUACAUCAUUGGUGGGAAUUCACUUGUGAGUGAGAAAUGGAAGCGGGAGUUUUUGCCAGAGCACUGUGUGUGUUCUGUGGAAGUGUUUGAUCCUGUGACGGAGACAUGGAGCGAGGGGCCAGAGCUGCCGAAUUCACUGUGUGGAGCAGGUGUGGUGAAGUAUGACAACACUAUCCUGGUGGUAGGAGGUGAGGAUGAGAACAGCUGGAUGGCGGGGCUGUAUCUCCUGGGGAGGGACCAGGAAGGCAGGGAGGUGUGGCACGAGGGCUUGGAGCUGGCCUCCGUGAUGAGCACAUUUGGCUGCGUGGUGGCCAACAUUCCCAGUGACCUGCUUAAGUAAUGGCUCUGAAGGUCAACAUUCCCAUUGGCCUGCUUAAAUAAUGACACUGCAGGUCAACAGUCUCAGUGACCUGCUGAAGUCAUAAUCCUGCAGGUCAACAUACUCUGUGACCUGUUCAGGUAAUACCAUUGCAGGUUAACAGUCUGACCUGCUCAAAAAUACCAUUGCAGGUCAACAUACUUAGUGACCUGCUCGAGUAUUGAUAUUGCAAGCCAACAUACUUAGUAACCUGCUCAAGGUAGAUCAACAGCCUCAGUUACCUGCUCUAGUAAUUUCACUGAAGAACAGCAAGUGUACCGAACUCGUUGUUUCUCAUGUAUACGUGAAGUCACCAGUGGUGAUGUCUACAGGAGUGGUGUCACCAGCAGUGUUGUCUACAGUGGUGUUGCCUCCAUGAGUGAAGUCACCAGUUUUUUUCUCUAUGAGUGAAGUCACCAGUGGUGAUGUCUCCAGGAGUGGUGUCACCAGCAAUGCCAUUUCCAGUGGUGUUGUCAUCAUGUGUGAAUGUCUCCAGUGGUUAUAUGUUCAGGAGUAAUGUGACAUGUUAUUUUCUCCAGAAAUGGUGCCUCUUUGUUUGAUAUUACUCUGAGUAAUGGCCUUGAGAGGGUUAUCGUGAGGGUUGACAUCCCAAAUAGUGACAAACGUUUCUGUGAAAGGUCUGAUGGCACCAUGAGUGAAUUCUCUGGGAGUAAGGAAUCCAGAAUUCUCUGGGAGUGAAGAAUCCAUCUAUUGUUCCAGCUUCAGGAACUAAGCCUCUGAGAAUCAUUGUCUCCAGGAAUAACUAUUAUUUCUCCAUCUGUUACAUUCACGUGUAAAUGGGCUUUUAUAAACGUGUGUUUCAGUUAAAGGAAACAAAGUAAUGCAUGCAAAACAAAUUUUGAUCCAAAAUUUAGCAACUUGUGCCAAAUUUGGCUUCAAAUAUGGCUUCAGGUAGAGUACAGGAUACCAUCAGCUUUGAAUGUAAUAUUGUAUCCUGCAUGUCGUAUCUAAGACCCCAUUCCCAUAGAGUUGGAUUGAUCUACGUAAACCGGCGAUGCCUGUGGGAAUGGAUCUUAAGGAACAGAAGAACUAAAACAGUGAAACUAAAUCACUUUUUUUGGUACAUUUACCAUUAAAAUAAUGCACUUGUAAAGUGAACUUCUGUGAUUUUUUAAUUGCUGCUCUUGGACCAUUAAAUUUACAAGAUCUGAGGGAGAGAUAAUCUGUAAUAAGUUAAUAAUGUAAGAUACAUAUUUAUCUUUAAUCAGUUCCGACAUUGUAAGCCGAUAUUGAAGAACAUUAAAAAUCAAACUAUCAUUGACUGACCACUCAAGCGAAACUUUUUAGAUUGUGCAAUAUGUGACAUACAGUGUGUUAUUAAAAGCGUCUCAAUUUGAACAUUGCGAUGAUUCUUGAAGAAAAAUAUUGUAUCACCAGCAUAGGGGUGCUACAAAUGUAGUAAUCAUCGGCGGAGAGCUGGAGGUUAUAUUGUAUUGCCAUCACAGCCAAAACGUUAUCAUCCUUUGCACCGUCAGAUUAAUGACCUCUUAAUCCAAGAACGGCGCGCCGUCUCUUUAAGCAAUCAAUUUAAGCUUAACAACAUGUCAGUAACAGAACUUAAACAAAAAUAUAAAUGCUUUUGAAGAAAUCUUAUGCUGCGCAUUUCCUUUGGUGCUCCACGCCUUGAUUGUUCCAAAUAAAUACGUACAUGAA